GGCUAAGCAGUCUGUCGGUCAAACGGCCAGCUGGGUGGUACUUCAGGAGUUGGCCGCUCGGAGGCCGAGAGUGGCGGUGGCGCUGGCGCUGCCGCGGGAAUGAUGAGGCUGCGGUGAGGAAAAUCGGCCCUCGGGUGAGCUUCCGAGCCUGAAGAACCGUCGCUGCCAAGUGAAGAGGAGCCGAACUCGGGGAGCUCAGGGAAGCCUGCACAGUUUGCUCUUGUCCUCUCCAUUUUUAUCCACACAUUGACAUUGUGAGGUAGGGGUCACUCACCUACCGUCAAAGAUCACUGAAGAAAGCUUUGCUGGUGGAAUGGGGAUCUGAAUCGAAAUCUUCCUACUAUUCUAUAUUUACACCACCACCCUAGAAAUAAGAGAAUCCCACCAUCUUCUGGAAAAGAUGGGCAACGUGGAAAGCAGCAGCGGCUACCAGAAGCAUCUCUCGAGGUUUCUUCCCGACGAACAAGCUGACAUCAAUGGCGUCUUCGUUGCCUUAUCCGGGGCGGGAGAGAUCGUCGGAGGAAAGGUGGGGAAAGCGUUCAAGACAGGGGUGACUCUGGCAGCGCUGAAGGCCUACGUCAAGGAAGCCUUGCCAGAGUCGAUGGUCGUCAGGCUGUACAAUGGGAUGAAAAGCAUCCAGCCGACCGAGAAAUCUCCUGGGUCCAACGGCCAGGUGGUCAAGGAGCAGUUUGUUGUUUUUAUGUCGGCGCUCUUCAAAGGCAACGCCGAGGAAAAAAGGGGCAUUGUCAUGAAAAUGAUCUCGAGCAGGGAGGGGACCGUGAAGGGAAGUCAAAUCCUUGAGUUUGCAGAGGACCUUGUGGGCUCCGCGGUUCACGUUCUGAGCUACAGGAAGAAGCUGAAGGGCUGGAACUUGAAGAAUAUGCAGAAUUCGACCGCCGGAAUAAAAGCUUUGGCGUCUCAGCUGAUAUCCGAACUGAAAUCGGCUGAUGGGAAGAGACGUGAGAGAGAUCAGGCACUGGACGCCGUCUGCGAUGAAAGCAGCAUUGAGGAUUGGGUCUUCCGGGUCCCACAGGUCUCCGCCUUCCUCACCGUGAUUGUCCAGCAAGGACUGCUUGUCCUGCACUCUCUGCCGGACCAAGACCAAGAUGCCCUCCGCUUGCUCCCGGAAUGCCAAGGCGUCAAAGGCAGCCGCUUUGUCAGCUUCCUCGACAUCCCGUCUGUCACGUAUAUCAACUCCCACCUGCCUUCCGAGCUGCAGCACAAGUGGAGGCUGAUCUUUGCCUCCCGGGUCCACGGCGAGAGCUUUACGCAGCUGUGCGGGCACAUUGUCAACAAGGGGCCCUGCGUUCUGGUUCUGAAGGAUGCCGACGGCUAUGUCUUUGGUGGCUUUUCUUCAUGUUCCUGGGCAGUUAAGCCACAGUUUCAAGGCGACAACGGAUGCUUUCUGUUUUCUGUUUCUCCCUCGCUGGCGGUGUUCACCCACACUGGCUACAAUGACCACUACAUGUACUUGAAUCACGGGCAGCACACGAUGCCGAAUGGGCUUGGCAUGGGCGGACAACAUGAAUAUUUCGGGCUGUGGGUAGACAGUAACUACGGGAAGGGCCACAGCAAAGCCAAGCCCAGGUGCACCACAUACAACAGCCCUCAGCUGUCGGCCCAGGAGAACUUCACGUUGGACGCCAUAGAGGUGUGGGCAGUGGGAGAGCCCCCAGAAAGUGCCACCGGGAAAGGGCCGAAGAGCAUCCUGGAUGUAGACCCCGAGGCCCAGGCUUUGCUUGAGAUGGUCGGGAAGAGCCGCCAGAGUGAUGGGCUGCGGGAUCCGGCUGACGACAGGGAUGGCAACUGAGAAGCAGACUUGGAAGCUCUUGCCCGAUGCUGAGCAGAAAGGGCUUGUUUGUGUGCAUGGGGAGCAGUCUCUGAGCUCUCUCUUUCCCACAUGCCAAAACUGGAUAACACAAACCAUUCAAGUGUAAUGUGUUUUCCUGGUGUAGCGUGCUGUCUGGUUGGGAGACAAAUUCUACGGGGAACGGGAUGUCUUGUUGGGGUUGGGUGGGUGGUCUGAAUGCAUGAUUUAGGUAGUCCGCUAAGUUCUUAAUCAUUGAGGGUUUUGCUGAAUAUAAAGGAAUAUAGGUCCAUCCCCCCUCCCCCAAUUUAUCCAUUUUAGUAUUCGCUAUUCACUCAUUUUUGUCUGAGCAGCUCAAGCGAGCUUUCAAGAAUUCUGGUGGAAAACAGUUUCUUGAAUGGAUUGCAGCUUGUUUUCACCAUUCAAGAAAACGGGUCUUUGCUAACUCUCUUCCAUCCAUACAGAAGACAGUUUUGUUGGAUUAGCUUUGGGAAAGCCAGAUUUUGAAUUUUUUAAAAUGCAGUAGCUAGCGGUCGGAAUGCUGAUAUGUGAUGGUGUUUUGUCUCAGAUUACAGUCCUAAAUCUCAUUGACGUAAGUGUGAAACGUGUGUAGGAUUGGGAACAGAGUCAGAUUUCAGUUGGGGUGUGUGGGCAUGGACCGUUGUUUUGGGGCAAGGGAAAGAACACUUCCUUAUGAGUUUCCCAGUGUGUGUGGCAUCAGUGCAUCGGACCCUUUAACAAGUUUGAGAUUGGGCUGAUCUCUAAGAUGCUGUUAUCAAAUCAGAUCUGCACAGAUCAAUGCUAAAUCAUGCAGCGGUGGAACCGGCGAGGCAGGGCCCCAGUGAGACAUCACUUGCAGCCACGCCUAGCAAUGUCCGAAGCUCUGAGACUAGUUUUGUCUACUAGGUAUUGCCAAGAAAUAAACUCAUGUGCUCAGUUUAAGGCCUACUUCAGGAUUCAGGCUAGAAAGCUUAAACGGAUAGGGUGGAGAUGGAAUUCACAGCUGGAUUUUCAGGUGACUAUCCACUUUUCAAAUCUGCGCCUCUAUGCAACAUGAAACACACAGCAAAAUAAGGGGUCGCUGGAAGCAACAAACGCAAGCUGCAAACGUUAUGGCCACUCAGGACUCUUACCAUGCUCUCAAUUUUUAAUUUUUUUAAAGUUGCGUGUCAAGACUGGAUGUUUAAACUAGUGUUUUUAGACUUCUUUUAGUCCUAAGGUGAUGAAUGUUGAGCAGAAAAUUAAGGACACAAAACAAAUGAAAAAAUAGUUUGCAAGUGUACAAAGUGCCACUAGAGCCUCUCAGAUCACUGGAAGACAGAGAUUAAAAAUGAAAUAAAAACAGUCGAUAGGGAAAUAGUACAUUGGAAAUACAAAAGUGUUCUUAGGCUUGUUCACGUAUCGAUAAGGCCACUGGCAGCUGGUGACUCCAUGUCAGUGGGGCAGUGGAAUCCACUUUGGGUUUUAGUCUGAGCUUUCAAGGAGCUCUCCAAGGUGCUUCAGCUAAAAUCCAGAGCAGAUUCCACUGCCCCACUGACAUGGAGUCACCUGCUGUCACUGGAUCAAGCUGCACUAACAUAAUUUCUGCAGAAGCUGGAUUAUAUAUGGCCUUCAGAGACUAUUCACUUGAUGAUGUCAUGUUUAAGGCCUAUAACCUUAGGAGGAGUUAUUUUGUUCCACUGGCUUUGUUGCAAUAAAUCUGCAAGAUUUACAGGGGAGUAUUUUUCCUCCUCAGCUAACACAUUCCUUCAGUGUUGCCUUGCAAAAGCGAUAUACCUGUUUAAGGCUGGAACCUUAUUAUGUGCUUACUUGGGAGAUGGUCUUGCUGAAUUCAGUGGAAAUUCUACCUAAAAAUGCUUAGGGUCAGACUGCAAAUCGGAAAUUAAAUCAUGCUUACGGUCAUUUGUUGUUGUUGUUAGACUCUAUUGGUAGUGAUUCUUCCGCAGAGUGUUUAUGGGACAUUCAUCCAAGCCAGCAUGAAAAGCUUGAAAUGGAAAGCCUACAUGUCAGUCCAAAGUGUUUAAUUCUAUCCCAACUGAUAGUUUUAUCCGUGUAGAUUGAUGAUUUCCCUAGCUGUGUAGUGUCUACCCUGACUGGCAUCCAACCUAUGAUAGCUGACUGUUUAUUUCCUAACCUUCCCCCCCCCCCAAUAGGACCAUAGGAAGCUGCCUUAUACAGAGUACAAACAUUGUCCCAUCCAGCUCAGUACUGUCAACACUGACUGGCAGCAGUGCACCAGGAUCAGACAGGAGCCCUUUCCCAACCCUACCUAGAGAUUGCCAGGGACCUUUUGCCUGGAAAGCACUGCUGAACCAUUAAGCUGCAACCCUUCCCAGUCUUUAAGAUCCUGAGAUAAACCAGGGGUCAGGAGGUUGUUGGACCACAACUCCCAUGAUCCCUUGACCAGUGGCUAAGCUGGCUGGGGAUGAUGGGAGUUGGAGUCCAAAAACAUCUGGAGACCCAAGGUUGAAGAACAGGGUUCUAGUGGAUAUUGGGUCAGCGUAAGGCAGGCGUGUCUAACCCAUGGCCUGUCAUAGAAACACAUUUCCUGAGACAGAGUGGGUGUAAGCAAGCCUUGGUCCCUGUGGACAAAGAAGUCGGGUGGAGGAAGGAUCAAAGCUCUGUUCAACAUGAAUGAACGAACUGGGCCACAGCAGAUGUUUUAUAAUCUUACGUGACUCUACCAGGAGUAGGAAGCGAAGAGUAAAUUUGGGUGAGGCCCAGAUGUUUCUUUGGCUGCUGGUCCAACCAUCCCAAUUGGAAUAACGGUAGCAUUUUCCAUCUCUGUUCAGCAUUUGUUGUCUAGUGCUUCAGCUGCGAAUUCACUUUGAGAGCAUCCUAGACCCUUGUUGCAUAGACCAGGCCCACUUGCCAUAAAUGAUGCUACCUCCAACAAUACUUGGGAUUCACCUUCAAGCAGAGGGAGAUGUUACGUGCUAGGAGGAGAGAAACUUAUCUAGGCCAAAGGCCAGUGUGAAAAAUUGCAUUCUGUCAAUGAUGCUAAUUCAUCCUGUUUUCUUUCUGAGCACCUUUUGGGUGGUUUUGUAAUAAUAAUGUAUGUCAAAUUGCACAUAGCAAAUUUACUGCAAUAAAUAAAAUGUCCCAGGA